GGCAAGUCUAGCAGGCAUUCAGAAACAAGUUGGGAGCAGCGAGUCUCUCCGAAAACUCCAAUGGACGUUACUACCACUCAGGAGGACGUUCCCAACCCAAGCUGUUCACCUUAAAGGUCCCCUCUCGGAGCGGCUGCCCAGUCAGACGGUCCCUUAGCACCUAUCAUCGUGGAUGGCGGUGGGGUGCGGUCCUCCUUAGAAGCAGUCUCCUGGCCGCCCUAGCUCUCCCUAGUCCCGUCCCCUAGUAAGACUCUAGUCUAGGUGCCCUGUCACGCCUGUCUCCUGCUCGCCUCUUCCCGUCCCUUAAUUGCUGAUGCCGUACAUCUCCUCGUCCGCUAUUUGAGACCAUGUCCAACCUCUUUUCUGGAAUGUGAGUGGUUUCGAUAUCUUCAUCUUUGUUCCCAAAUCUACCUGGAGCCCUGCAUCUCCGGAGCUGCCUACCACGCCGUCUCUACAUCUUCAAGCAUCUCUGUACGUAUACUGCCUAAAGAAACGCUCGGUUUAGAGGACACAAAAGCCCAACCAGUCCGACUCAGCAAAACCCUCAGAACUCUUUGCCUUCCAUACACUCACUCGAGACAUCUCCUGGUUAUACAUCUCCAACUCUUUCAGUGAAACUGCCACCCAUCCAGAACUCGCUUUCUCUCGCUGAAAGUAUCGGCAUGGAUCCCAAUAAUGGUUCGAUCCCCUCAGCGGAGGAGGUCCUUGCUUCAUAUCAUCUCCCCCAAGUGAAGCCGCAAUGGCUAAACUGCAACUAUGGCAAACAUAUCGUCAAGGGCAAUUUCCUUACCCUUAGUGCUAAGCCUAAGACGGUGGAAAUGGGAGAGUGGAUAGCACAUCAAGUCGUGGACCACUGGCGGAUGCUCAUUACCUUCAUUAAACUCGUCCAUGACCGGGAAGAGGAUGGCAGCUCGAUCUGCAACUCUCGAAAAUGUCCCAAGAUGUCUGCGGGAGCCUCCCACUCCUUCACCUGGUUGAACUCGCGGCUUCAGCCCGUGGAAAUCCCAGCAUACGAAUACCUCAGCCUCGUUCAGCGCUACAUCAGCGGCAAGAUUGACGACAGCAACCUGUUCCCCACCGAUCCUGCGGGCGUCUCCUUCGCUGACAACCCGGCCUUCUGCACCCCCUUGCCCGAGUCGGGCCCGGACUGGAUCGGCAAGCGAAGCGGCUUCCCGCAGAAUUUCAUGGAGACGUGUCAGACCAUCUUCCGGCAAAUGUUCCGCGUCUACGCGCACCUGUACUGGUCACACUUUGACGACAUGUUCUGCCUCAACCUGGAAAAGUCCAUGAACAGCUGCUUCAGCCAUUUCAUCUUGACGGCCACCACGCUCGGCCUGUUGAAGAAGACAGAUUUGGAGCCGAUGCAGCCGCUUAUCGAUCUUUGGGCUGCUUUGGGCACUUUCCCCCAGGGCUGCAAGGCAUAUGAAAUCGCCAAUAUCUCGGUUGGGCAUCUUCUUAUCCAGAAGGCGGGCGGCCCACCCUCGAGCUAGUUGUGACUAGCUGGUUUUGCCGGCUCGGUUGUCUGCUUCGAGAUGAACUGCUACUCGGCUAUUAUACAUGUCCAAAAAUUUGGUAUACAUAGGUGUGAAUGAGAUGUCAUAUGGCUCGUAAUUAUAAAUAGCGAACAGCAAAGAUACCUUCAGACCACUGAAUCUGAGUCAUGAAGAAAGGAGGGUGGAUUUUGAUGCCUGGUAUCAUACUUCAACCAUGCAUAACAUAUGAGUUUCUAUCCUUCACUUUACACUUCCAUAAGAUCGCGCAUAAAACAUCAUCAUAGCACUUUGUUUGAGGAGGCUAGCAUGAUAGCCAUCACUCAUGUUUCAUUACAUUGUACCACACUCCUUAGGAGGCAGUCACCUCGCUAAUCUUGUACUCGACAACAAUCGGCUUACCGGGCUCAAUAAUGAACCUGCCAGAUCCAACGAAGACCUUGUUUUGCAGCGGA